AUGGCAGAUAACAACCCCACAGAUACAGUACCAGUCCGCCGGUCCAAAAGACCAAGCACGGCCAUCUCUCCCAUCAAACCAACACAACAGGCAACAACUCCAUCCAGAAAGAGACUUCAAAAGAGAGCUCGUUUUUCUGAACCACUGCUGCCAAAUGGAACAACCGGUCUCACACCCGCCGUUGGCAAAGCUUCCCUGAAGACCCCCAAGAAGCUUAGAAGAGUGUCGACCCCAGCCAUCACCCGAUAUCGGGACCACGAUGAGAUCCAAUUUACUCCGUUCCGCGAAGUGCUCGACGCCAGGACCACCAGACGCAUUCGACGACAUGGCCUGAGCGACGAGAUGAAUCGGUACGAUGCAGAGAAGAAGUCCAAGGUCGAGCUGCAACGCCAACUAGAGGAGAAGAACAAGGAGCUACAGGCCCUCAAGGACGAACUCGAUGCUUCCAAACUCCGUGAAGCUUCCAUUUUGCAAUGUGAUCCUGUCGACAGCAGCCAGAAGCGAAUUGACCAGUUGGAAGCUGAAGUGGCCGAGUUGACGCAGAGAAGCAAGGAUGACGAUUCCGGACUCGGCAGCGACAACCACGGCUUUCAGAUCUAUGAGGACGACUCUGUUGGCGACGAGAAUCAACCCAUCGAUCCAGAGGACGACGCCACGGUAGACCUGGAACUCGAGUCGGCGCGGCAAGAAAAGCAAGCUCUCUUCCGAUCCAGCCAAAGCUCUUUUACAAACACAAACACCAUCCACUUUGCAGACUCUCCUGCCCGUUCUUUCGGGGUAUCGCAAACAACGCCCAACCCUCCCGAGAUUCCUCCUCACGAACUGUCCAAAGAACUCCACGCCGCCAUCAAUCGAGCCGAAGAAGCCGAAGAGGCACUCCAGGCGAUGACCGCCGAAGUCAAAUCCUUGGGCUUUGCUUGCAACAACGACGACGCCAAUGAAUGCAUCGCCGCAAUCAAGACACACUUCCGCAACAUGCGAUUCGAGCUUGAACGCACCGUGCCCGGAGAGACAGUCAUGUCAUUGAAUCAUGCGCGGCUGAUGCCCGAGAUGCUUACGAAACUCAAGGCGGUUGCCACCAGAGUCCGGGACCGUGAAACCGAGUUGAAAUCGAUGCGAGAACAGCAGCGCUCUCUGCGAGGUAACUUCGAUCACGCACUCGUGGCGACGGAGAAAGCGAACAGCCGGAUCAAAGAAUUGGAGGAUGCCCUCGACAAGAACGCCGAAGAGAUGCUGGAGCAGCGCAUGCGGGCCCAGGCCCUGGAGCGUGACGUCCGGGAGCAAGAGGCCAACAAUCAACGCCUCAUUGGCACCAUGAAGAAGUACGACGUGGAAGUCAAACGCCUGGAAGACCUAGUUGAGCUGGUCGAAGCCGAACAAGCAUCUCGACUGCAGGACGUGCGGGCCGCCACGAUCGCCGAAUUCACCCAACAGCUCUCGGAUCUGGAUGCCAAAGUGGCAGCCGAGACGCGCGGGAGGAAGGCGGCCGAGGAAUCCGCCGUCGAACGACUCAAGAAGAUCAAUGUAGUCGAGUCCGAGUUGGCCGCGGCGCGCCAGUUCUCCGAAGACAUCAAGGAGGAGCUGGAGAAGGUCAAGGCCCAAGUGCGCGUUUCGGAUGCAGAGCACCAAGCUGAAGUCGAGGCCUUGAAUGUGCAGGUGCAGAAACUGCAAAAGAUCAACUCCAAGCUCGAAGCGAACUGGAAGGAUGAGAGCGCUCUCUGCGAAGAAAUCAUUCGGAAUAACCAUCAUGCUCAACUCCGAACACACAUGCAGUUUGAGAAGGAUCUCAUAAAGUACAUCCGCGGCGCCAAAGUGCGGCACGCGAACUGGGAACUGGAGAGCGACGACAUGCGCAGCGACGAGAUUGUGGGAGAACCCAUGACGCCGGCCAGCGUGGUCCGAUUCUCCGAGUUCUCGGUCAUCGACGAGGACGACACGGAUCGGGACGUCGACGCGAACGACCACGUCGAGGGCAGGGUCGAACUGUCCCGUGGCAGGACGCGCCACCGCCGCUCCUCCUCCUCGUCAGUGACGUUACCUCCAACUUCAGCAGUUCCAUGCGCGGGGAUCCUCAAGAAGCGCGGGCGCAGACGCUAUGACAGCGGGAUCGGAAUGGACUCUUCUUCUCUGAGCGACGAGAUCGAAGACGAAGACGAAAGCCCCCGAAAGCUCCUGCCACCUGCAGGUGUUAUGACUCCGGAGUUGAGUUCGGAGGGUGACGAGAUCGAGAUCGACUUUGAACAUGACUUGAGUGUGAGGGUGUGA